AUGUUGAACACCGCACACAUAUUGAUCACAUCGAUGUCAGACCGGGCGAUUAAUCAGCUGAGCAAUGUAGCUCACCUGCACCACAACAGACACGCCAUCGUCGAGCCCAGUAGCGUCAACUGUGCGGCUCAACCUGGCCAGGGAAGGCUGGCUUCACGAUCUGCCACCGCGCAGAGAGGUCAUCACAGACCUUCAAAUACACACAGCAAAAUCACCAGUCCCAACGCCUCCACCUUAUACCGCGCCUUCGCCUUCACAUCAACACCAUGCUCGGCAUCGUUCAGCAUUGGUCGACGAGGUCCACAGCGGCCCGGCCGUUCCACAUUCGACAAGUCAACGACUGCAAAGUCGAUCACCCCAAUCGCAUCGAUCAUCAAAGGCAGCGCUCCCAUCUACGAGGUCUCUAACGUUCAGACAAUGAAGUUCACGCGCAAAGCUCCGAAGGAGAGGUGGGUCUGUGAGGCGAUGUCGUCCAAGACUGUGCUCGACUCCAUCGCCCACGGAGUCAACCACACCGAGGCCGGUCCCAAUGUCGACGAUGCCGGGGCGCAUUCGUGUUUAGCAGAUUUUGUAUCGACCUAUCAGGAUACAAGUGGCCUUUCCGAGAUCAGCUGGUCGUUGCGACUUGACAGUCGAAAUAGCGUGAUGCUACCCGGCUCCAGUCAUACUCCUGAACAUCGCAAAUUCUCCACUAUGGUGUCUCAAGCACAGCGCAGAGCGACGCUUCGCUGCGUUACUCCUGCUAAACAGCCAGCCGCCGACAGCAACGGCGCUCUACGUCCUGGAGGUCGCUCCGAUAUCAAUGGCCUACACAAUCCACUAGUCGCUUUCAAUGUCAGCACAAACUCAACUCAAAGCUACCAGAACAGAUGGCAGUCGAGGUGGGAAUGUGAGCUCUCGUGUCCAGGUUUCAUUGACUUGAGAGCCGUCAAAGCCGCCGGGCACCAUACUUCUCAAUCAGAAUGCGAUCUCCGCUUCAAGCCUGCACUCGCCUGCUUCAAACUUCCGCAUGCGGUCGAGGAGAAUUCCAUGCUCGCACUUGAGCUAAUUUGUCCAGGGGCGGGAUGGAAGACAAAUUGGUGUAGGGAUUUACAAAGGACUGGAGUACUCGCCAGCCGAGUGCGCUUCUCGGACACUAUCGCCAUCGGACUGGCUACAAAGACUCACAAGAGGCAGGGCGAUCACGCCGUGGCAUUGUUUGAAUUGCACAUUCAAGCUCACGUCACAUGGGCUGCGAGCGCAAAUGAGAACACAUUCGUAGGGAAGGGAACAUGUUUCCUGAUCUCGCAGCGCUCUGAGAAUCGCCAGUGUCCGACACUUCGCCAUCAUCUUCCGGCCGAGACUUUGACAAUCCGCUUGUGA